UUUUUUUUUUCUUCUUUCUUCUUUUCUUUUUAUCCUCAUUCACUAUGGCUCAUAUACUUUCUACUGGUGUUAUCAAGCGUGUUCUUACCAAACAACCUUCUCUUUCUGCCAACUUCUCUAGCACUACCAACUUACUAAAGGAUAUCAAUACAGUGACUAUCGUAGGUGCAGGUCUUAUGGGAUCAGGCAUAGUUCAAGUAGCCGCUCAAGCUAAUUGCAAAGUCACCAUGGUCGAUACCUCUGAUGCUGCUAUUGCCAAUGGUCAAUCCAUCAUUGCUUCUUCUUUGAAACGCGUGGCACGCAAGAAGUUUGCCGAAGAUGAACAACAACAAAAGCAAUUCAUUGAUAAAGUUCUUGCCAAUAUCACUACUUCCACUCAAGCUGAAAAAGCUGUUCAUGAUGCUGAUCUGGUGGUCGAAGCUAUUGUAGAAAAUAUUGAUAUCAAACGCAAAUUGUUCUCUACUUUGGAUAAAGUGGCUCCCAAGCAUUCUAUUUUUUGCUCCAAUACCUCUUCUUUACCCAUCACCGCUAUUGCUGAAUCCACUUCUCCUGAACGUCAACAACAAUUUGCUGGUCUCCAUUUCUUCAACCCUGUCCCUGCUAUGAAACUGGUGGAAAUCGUUCGUACUGAUACUGUCUCUGAUGAAGUAUUCCAAUCUUUACAAGACUUUACAACCAAGGUGGGCAAAACUCCUGUUUCUUGCAAGGAUACUCCUGGUUUUAUCGUCAACCGUCUUUUGGUGCCUUAUAUGUUUGAAGCCUUCCGUGUACUAGAUCGUAAGGAAGCAAGCAUCAAGGAUAUUGAUACUGCCAUGAAAUUGGGUGCCGGUAUGCCCAUGGGUCCAUUUGAACUCGCUGAUUUUGUUGGAUUGGAUACAAUGAAAUUUAUUGUGGAUGGAUGGGCAAAGGAAGGAAAAAUCGAACCUGCUUUGGUUCAACCUUCCAAGUCAUUGGAUGAUUUGGUGAAGGAAGGUCAUCUUGGUCGAAAGUCUGGAAAAGGUUUUUAUGAUUACAAGAAAUAGGUUUAGAUUUAGUUAGAUUUUUUUUUCUUAGAUGACAAAUUGGAAUAAAAACGUUGUACCUGUUGUUUCAGAUUC